AUGGUGUAUUGUGGUAAGCCCUCCAAGGGCUGCUCCAACUGCCGCAAACGCAAAGUCAAGUGUGACCAAGCAGAACCCCAUUGCGGCCAGUGCCAAAAAAGACAGCUACAAUGUCCUGGCUAUCGUAACCUCGUCGAUCUCAUGUUCCGCGACGAGAGCGAGCAUGUCAUUGAAAAGGCCACCACGUACCGAAAAAGGUCCGAAGUCCGGAAGCACUCUCCCAGUCCUGCAUCGCCGUGCAGUUCAGACGAGUCCGCAUCGCCCGCUUUAGCAUCAACACCAUUGAAUUGGAAAGAAACACAGACUGCAUCCCGGUUUCCCCCCAGCAAAGCGCGGCGGCGGAAAACUUGCGCUACAUCGGAGCAAGGCUGGCUCUGCGAGAAACAGCAACAAUUGGCACUAGCAAAGGACCCUCCAAAGAAUAUCAAUCCGGAUCUCUUCUUGCCGUGCCAUUCUGUGGACUCGUACCACGAACGCGGCAUGGCUUUCUUCUUCUCCCGCCAUGUAGCCAGAAACGACAUUGGGUAUCAGAGCUAUGACUUUAUCUACGACGUUUGGAAACCUCCCAGCAAUCCCAGCCCGAAGAACCAGGAUAGCAUCGCCGCCGGCGUCGUUGCUAUUGGCCUGGCGGGCCUGUCCAAAGUAACUCGCUCUACAGAAAUGAUGGACAUGGCCCGGCGAAGUUAUGGCGCCGCGCUGAGCCUGACUACCGCAGCUUUGAGCGACCCAGCCGAAGCCGUCAGAGAUACCACCAUGCUUUCUGUUCUUCUUCUGAGCACUUUCGAAGUCGUUUCCGGCAGCACGCCGCAGACCAUGGAAGCAUGGCAAAAACACGUCGACGGUGCCGCGGCUCUUGCCACACUCAGAGGCAUCGACCAAUUCAAGACCUCCGCCGGCUGCAAAAUGUUCCAAAUGCUGUGCUACAGCGUUCUCCUCAGCUGCAUGCGCUCUGAUAUCCCGGCGCCUCCUGUCAUUGAGGAGCUGCGCAACAAGUCUCUGGAGAUGGGCAAGCUCGACAAGACCAACAGAAACCUCAUCGACCACAUGUUUAGGACGACGACUGUGCGACACCAGAUCAAGACUGGCGUGAUUACCGGCAGAAACGAAGUAAUCUCGACACUGGCCAAGUGUGACGCGGAAUGGGCUCUCCUGGCUUCGGGCUUGCCAGACAUUUGGAGAUAUCGCAACAUCAGACUCCCAGCUGCGAACCCGACGGCCAUGCAUCGCAACUGCCACGUAUAUCCCGGUCUGAUAGCUGCCAUUACAUGGAACGGUAUUCGGUCUACACGUAUGUUGCUUCAAGAAGCCAUCAUUGAGCAGCUGUGCCACAGUGUCAAUGAUGAGUCCUGCUUGUCAGCCGCGGAUCAGGAGCUUCUUAUCAGUACCAUCAAGACGCACAACAUUCUGAGCGACGCCAUCAUUGCUAGUGUGCCGCAGUUCUUUGGCACUGUCCGAUGGGAAGAUUACGUCACGAGCACGGGUCUAGACAUGACUCCUGCCAGCAAGGGUACGGACCCUGCCAGCCCCAGCCAGCCGCCUCCUUCUAGCUCUCAGGACUCAGAGCCCAUUGUCACGCCACACGAAGAAGUCGUGGGCCGAAACGGACAGUCCGUCGUCGCCGUGCUGCCUUCCCUAUUUGAGCACAAAGACAAACCGCUAGGCGAGCUGUGGUACGAUGUGGAGCGCAUCAUGACCCUGGCGGCCUCCUGUACGUCGAUUGUCUGGCCGCUGUACAACAUUGGCAUCUCGCCCAACUGCAGCCCUGAGAAGCGCUCGUAUGUACUCAACAGGCUCAUGGCCAUCUACGAGGAGACGGGGCUGGAGAAUGCGCUCGAGGUGGCGGAGACGGUGCGGCAAAAAAUGACAGAGUAUCGCGCGCCAAGGUGCGCGACUGCGGCGAAUGCCAUUUUGACCGACUCGGCGCCGGCUUCAUUGGAUGUUUGA